AUGGCUACAGAUGUUGAGAUGCAAAGUGUAGAUGAAUUUCCUUUGAAACAGACUAGGCAUCCAAAGAAGCCCCAAAACUUCAUUCCUUCAGACCUAGCAUCUGAAGCACUCAUGCAAAGUGAUAUAGAAGAGCACAAAUACUUCAUGACCUGCAUUUGGCUCCAUGCCCUCUGCUUGCUCAAGAUUACUGACCACAGGUACCUGAACACUAUCAAAUGUUCACUUACCAAGGAGGAGGUGGAAGCAAAUGAACUGGACACACCUGGUUGCCUCAGGGUAACCCCAACCAAUUUUAUUCUAGACUGUGCUUGCAUGAAGGACACACCAUAUAAUCACAAAGCCUUUACUGUCUUUGCUGAGGAUUUCCUGGAUAAGAUCAAUAACCAUGGUUGGUACUCUUUGCAGACCAUCCCUGAACAGUAUUGUAAUUUUGACAUCAUCUAUGGGGCUUGUAAGCAAAAAUCUGGUGAAGGCCAGGGAGGACAUGAAGGUGAGAUUGCAGAAGUCUUCCCAUACUGCAUGGAAAGUUCAGGUGAGUAG